AUGCUUACACCAGUAUUUGAAUUGAGCCAGGAUGAUGAUUUUGUGGUAGUGAUAAUUAAGACUCCAUAUGUCAAGGUAUCGUUCAAAUUUUGUGUAAAGGUGGUCUCAUGCAUCGGUGUUAAAACGUCGGGUCCUGUUUUUAUUCAACAUUUUCAUUAUAAGAAUUUUUUGUAUACUCUUGCUUUAUUCUUUCAUUUAUCUUCAGAUUUCUGAUGUUGAUUUCUGCAUUAAUGGCACAGAAUUCAAGUUUUACGUGAAGCCCUAUUUUUUAAGGUGAGCUAGAGACACCUUCUAUAUCAAAUUGGAAUUUUGGAAGGAGUGCUGUUUUUUGAGGUACACGGAGAUAAAGUCUCUCCAAGCAGAGAUAAGUAGCUAGCAGCUAACAACGAGCUUAGCCUGCAUAUGGCAUCGGCUUCGAGACUUCAACCCAGGCAAUCGGGAGGGAAUCUCUUUCCCAGAGUCUUCUGGCUUUUUCUUCAGUGAUCCCUGUAGUUACCUUGCUGACCGAAAAGCUAGAAGACUCUGGCUACGAGACUGGGCAGGCGAUGAUUGUUCCCACCACUUCACCAGCCCUCCUCACCUCUCCAGGAACAGCAGAGCAGGUGGGGAAGGAGACAGGGGAGCCCCUAUCCCCCCCGCCCCCCACCCCUUUUCACAAUGUUUUAAAUUUAAUGCAUGGUCAGGAAAAAAUUAGGAAAAAUUUGUUUCAUUUCCAAGACUGAAUUUGCCAGGAGAACUAACUGAAGAUGGUAGAGAGUCCGCCACAUAUGAUGUUGAUAAAGGUGAGAACUGCUUUGUUAGCAGCUAAUAAAUUUUUUAUUUUCUUUUGGAAUUUUUUCCAACUUUGCAUGGUCUUAUUAUUAUUUUGGGUCACAUGACAUUGAACAAUGAAACUGUUUUCUGCCAAAUGUCUCUGGGGGGGAAACAUUGCUUAAUCUAUUCAAUCAGAUGUGUUCUGACUGCGCCUCCAAGAAGGGAGUCCCUGUGGUUUGAUUCUUGUUAGCGACUGCUAAGUCUUUGCAUUUUGUGUGCUUGCUUAAGGGAAGUUUGACCGUACUAACUACUGUCUUGUAAAAGAAAUUGUCUAUACUGUAAAGACUUCCUGAUUUAGAUAUUUUUGUGUAUUUUGCCAUUGAUGGAAAUAUGAAAUACAUGUAAAAACAGAAUUUACUGGCUAUCUACUGUAAGUGUAAGUAAUCAUUUCUUUUACAUUAAUUUUUAUUGUUUUGUAGGAACAUUUUCAGUUAAGCUUCCUAAACUUAAUUCAGGAGAAUUCUUUGAGGGUCUGGACCUGCUAACUACUCUGCUGGCUCCCAAGAAAAAAUCCCCUGUUACAGUCAAGCCAGUUAUAAGUGAACUCACUGGUAAGCUCGUUUACUUUAUGUUCUAGACUGGGACGGAGUGGAUCCCAACAAUCAAUCUGUUUCACCUUAGGGUUUCAUUAGUCUGCAUCACAGAUGUAAUCAAACCCCUGCAAGUGGUAUCUGCAAAGAAGAAACAUUCUUGUUAUGGGUCCUUAACCCUUUAGGUCCCAAGAGUGUCCAACAUCAAUUUUCUCCUAACAACAUCAGCAGAUCAACAAGAGUAAAGGUUAUGAGAAUUACUACAUUGAUGACCAAAGGGAGAAUACUUUGAUCUUAAACCAAAUUCUCUCAACUAUUCUUAAAAGAAAUGUAUGGAGAUCGGUCUGAAGAAUUUGUAUUUGGAUCUUGGCGCUUAAAGGGUUAAUAAACUCGACAAAUUACCUAUCACAGGGCUUUCAACCCCCUACCUCUUCAAAUAUUGAGAAUUGAUGGGGAAGGGAUGAUAGAUGACAUCAUAAUGCAUAGCACAUGAUGUCAUUUGUGAAAAAAAAAAAAAAAUUGAGCAAAAAAGAUGUUGUUAGAAUUGUAACAUUUGACCUAACUGGUUUACUUCCCACCAAUCACAUUAUUGCUUACAUGUAUAUUACAACGGCAUACCGGAGUUUGUGAGGAAACAUUCAAUGUUAACAGUAAAAUAGAUCAAAUAAGGCAAAAUAUGUCAAAUUUCAUUGUCAGAAAGUCGAUAGAGUCUACAAGAAAUUGCAAACUUCGGCGAUUAUCCGGGAGAUUUCAGACUCUAAUCUGGAGACCGGGAGAAAUGGUUCAAAAUCUGGAGUCUGCCGGAUUAUCCGGGAGAGUUGACAGCCCUGCUAUCACACAGAUUGACAAUGUAUUUUUUUUUAAAACAAGCUAACCAUUGUGCUUACUUUAAUCCUGCUACACGGCUGGAGGCCUUGAACAAGAAAAAUUUAAUGAACCUUUGGUGUUGUAGAAUUGUUGAUACAUGUAUGAUCUUUACCCCCACUCCUGUGCAUGUUAAGUAAAAGGAAAGAAAAACAUCGUAUCCCCAUUCAUUCAACCAUGGCAGGAUUAGCUUAGUUGGUAGAGGACUUGAGAGUGGGAUAUUGUAGGUCCAUUCCCAGGGCUAAUCAUUGCUGUUGAUUUGUCUUUGUUUUAAGGUGAUUCCAAAUGUAAUGAAAAUAGUCUGAGUACUAAUGAUGGUGAUGAUAAUGCUGAUUAUGGUGAUGACAACAACUUUGAUUGGGAAUUUGACCAGCAGUUGCCACAUUCAACUCAGGUAAAAAGCAAUUGUCUUGUUUGCACUAAGAACCAACACAAUUUUAAGAAGAGUGACUGGGAAUAAUCUUAAUCAGGGUUGUCAAAAUGCACCAGCAACCGGCGCCAUCACCAGCUACGUUUUUGUAAGCCAUAUCCCUAGUAGUAUGUGUUCCCGUAGUGAUAUGUGUUUCCCUACCUGGGAAACACAUAUCCCUAGUGAUAUGUGUUCCCCCACACAGGAAACACAUAUCCCUAGUAAUAUGUGUUCUCCCACCUGGGAAACACGUAUCUCUAGUGAUAUGUGUUCCCCCGCCUGGGAAACACAUAUCCCUAGUGAUAUGUGUUCCCCCACCUGGGAAACACAUAUCCCUAGUGAUAUGUGUUCCCCCACCUGGGAAACACAUAUCCCUAGUAAUAUGUGUUCCCCUACCUGGGAAACACCUGUCCCUAGUGAUAUGUGUUCUCCCACGUGAGAUGUGUUCCCCUACCUGGGAAACACGUAUCCCUAGUGAUAUGUGUUCCCCCAACUGGGAAACACAUAUCCCUAGUGAUAUGUGUUCCCCUACCCAGGAAACACGUAUCCCUAGUGAUAUUUGUUGCCCCACCUGGGAAACACGUAUCCCUAGUGAUAUGUGUUCACCCACCUAGUGAACACAUAUCCCUAGUGAUAUGUGUUCCCCUACCCAGGAAACACAUAUUCCUAUAGCCUCCCCGCAGACGUCCAUUGGGGUUCGUUUGUCACGCAUUCAUCUCUCCCCCACGGACGUCUGCUAAACACAGCCGACAUUUACGUUCUGGAUUGUUUGAAUAAGCCAAUAAGCGGUUAGUUAUUGUGUCACGAUCAGCCAAUCACGCGCUGUGAUAUAAGUGAAACGGCACCUACAAAUUAUUUCUCGCUUUUUUAGAGGAAUAUUUAUUAUAUGCCCAUGCAUGGAUUAGACUCCGAAGAAAGUUAUAAGAAGCGAAUUUUUUUGUUUUCUUUGCAGCUGUAAUUUAGGAAAGGACCAAAAAAAGCGCAGUCGACAUCGCAAGGCUCAUCAAACGUGCUCUGGACGUUAAUGUGUCUCACGUGAAUUAUUUAUUUGCACCGCUAUCUUCUACCUGAGACGACUCAAACAUUUUGAAAAAUUCACAGAAAUGAUGCAAUAAAGCUGCAGUCAGCUGUAUAGUUUUUUCGGAAGUUUUGACUAUAAAAUAAUCUGCUUUUCUUUGAAAGACUUCAGACAACAGUCUCCCACACGAGCGCGGUCGAAAAUAACAAUUACUAUUAACUCUGUAUAUAUUCGAAGUAUUAAGAAAAGAGAACUUGUAAACGUGUAUAGGGAAGAUAUUCAAAUUAUUCUUCGAAAACAAAGGCCGUUUCCUUUUUUGCGAAAUGUAAUUCCACCAAGGUCAUGGGUCGCAGACCAAGGACCAGUACGCGAAAUUUGGUUAUAUUUUUUCAAGAGUCUACAGCAAUGUCCGUCCAACGGCAGAAAAAGGUUUAUCUGGAAACUUGUUCUGCAAAAAGGCACGUCUUCCCGUUGCGUUUUAUUUAUUUACAAGCUAAGUAAACAUGACCACGGUGCCGCUGACGUCCAAACUUCAAGCUAGAACGACAAAUUAACCUACCUGUCAACAAACUUUAAUCUCGCUCCUUCAAAGAAAGAGAGAAUGCUCAUAAUCAAUAAAUCAUUGAAUCUUUCAUUGUUCAUUGUAUUUUAUUUCUCGACGAAAUAUUUAGUCAUGCCCGGGAAAGUCGCUGACCAAGGACCACAUACUAACUGUACAAGUCACUCGCUAACUUUUCCUCCACAGAUCGAUCUUCAACCAAGCUUAGCUAAGCUUCUGGGCUUCCGUAAACAACAGAGAAAGUCCCUCUCUCGACAACCCUCAUAUUCUCUUUGCUAAUAUCACUGAGCGUUACAGCAGGAAUACCAAUAUUUUCCAGCUUUGUAGAUUGAUCUUUCAAGAUUUACCAGGGGAGAAACAACAACAAUGUCCAGUAGUUCCACGCACUGUGUCGCAAACAAGCAGCAAAGCUUGAUAUGUAAGGAAUUUGCCAAAUCCCGUCGGCAAAUUUAUGAACUCGUCGGUCUUCCCUAUAAAAUUUGCAGGAUAGCUUCUCUCUGAUACUUGUUUAACUCUGUAUUAAUUAGAAAUUUCUCGCACACUCGAUCAAAAGCCUCACUGAUCGUGCGAAUCGUAAGAAGCGGCUCGGGUUACGUUUUACAAUAAUCCGUAAACGGGCUGUGAUUGGUGAACGUAAAUGUCGGCUGUGUUUAGCAGACGUCCGUGGGGGAGAAAUGAAUGCGUGACAAACGGACCCCAAAGGACGUCUGCGGGGAGGCUAAUAUUCCUAGUGAUAUGUGUUCUUCCGCCGGGAAAACACGUAUCCCUAGUGAUAUGUGUUUCCUCGCAUGGGAAACACAUAUUACUAGUGAUAUGUUUUUGCCUACCUGGGAAACACGUAUUCCUAGUGAUAUGUGUUCCCCUACCCAGGAAACACGUAUUUCUAGUGAUAUGUGUUCCCCUACCCAUGAAACACUUAUCCCUUGUGAUAUGUGUUCCCCUAACCAGGAAACACGUAUUUCUAGUGAUAUGUGUUCCCUUACCUGGGAAACACGUAUUCGUAGUGAUAUGUGUUCCCUCACCAGGGAAACAGGUAUCCCUACUUAUAUAGUGGGAAAAUAGUAUUAGUUAAUACCUAAUUCUUACAGGCUUAGUCACGCAUUUUUUCCUCAGACGUUCUUGUGGAAGGAGUGCGUGACAAAGCCUCGACAAAGUGUGUCUGGAAUUCUAGGGCUUCCUGUAUUCAGUCAGAUUGGAAAAUUUAUUCGGAUGAUUGGACUGAUUUUACUUAACCCGUGAAAGAGAAGGUAGACUGCUACGCACUAUUAUACACUAAUUCCUUUUUAUUCUCCUAUCCUCUUGUAGCUUUUAGGAUUAUUAUUUGUUAGUCUUUGUUUCACAGUUUAAGUAAAAUCAUUCUAUGAUGAAGACUUUAAAGGCCAUUCUUUUAACUGAAUAUGAUAAUUGAUUUUUUAGGAGGCCGGGGGACUUAAGUUGUACGAAACAAAAUAUGGAUUUGCGAACCAAAAGAGUGGAGUCUUUAUAGGGCGUGAGGUAAGUUCUUGGGGCCUUUAAUUACUCUGUAGUUAUAAACAGUCAAGUCCUUUGGCUAGGAUGAAACUGCUAACAUUUGGGAUUGCCUUUAUCAGUAAAGCCAACAAACUUGCUGCGACGUCCAUUAAUGAAACGCAUUUAAACUCGCUCCGUGCUUCGCUCACCCAAGAAAAAGCGCCCCUUCUGUAGGCUAUGUCACGUGCAAAUAAUAGAUUUCUGUUUAGUUUAAUGCGCUCUUAAUUAUCUUACUUUCGUUUAUUAGCCAAUCAGCGUUACUUUGGUUCAAGUUAAGUAUUGCAGAAAGUUUAAGCUAACCAAGGUAGAUUCUGGCGAAUUCCUAUGCAUUCUUCAGUUUGCUGCUAUUUCAAGGUCACUAUUAUACGCUAUGAUACGCUGUCUAUUAUACGCUAUCUACUCUUCUUCAACAGGCAGAACUUCAUGAAAUAGCUGAAAUAACUGCUCCUGACUCUAUGACUUUGACUGAUAGAGGAGAUGCAAGAAGGUUAGCCGAGGACUGUAAAUUUGACGAGGAAUAUUAUUUGUAAGAAAGUGAAUUUUUUUAUAUUGUAUUUUAUUAUAUUUUUGCUUUUUGACGCUUCUUAUUUUAUUAUUUUUCGGCGAGAAGAGAAGCCAAUAUACUUUAACUCGUAACGCUAUUUGAGCGAACUAUUGCCCACGUUCGUGAACGAAAGAAACCGUUUACGAACCACGUUUGUGGCUCACGUCGCCUAAUGUAACAAAAUCAGGGAAUUUUUCUACUUGUGGAUACCGGAAUCCAGGAAGUUUACGCUUGUGGAAGCUGGAUUUUGCGCUUUGGAAUCCGGAGUCCCAGUAACGGUUGGAAUCGGGAAUCCAAGUUCCACUGACAAAGAAUCCAGAAAAUUCCAAUUCAAAGGAAUCCGAAAUCCACGGCGUGGAAUCCAGAAUCCAAGACUGCCUUGGAUUCCCUUACCUGGGGCGACUCACGGUGAACGUUAAUUUGUUCAACGAUCCGUGUUUUCACUUUACUUGUCGUUUUAUAGUACAGGGCUUCCCCCCCCCCCCCCAAAAAAGAUAUUGUUAUCAUUUUAGUAUAUAAGUAACUAAAUCGGAAAAAUCAUUCAGACGCGACUAGGUCAGUGCACACACUGUAACAUUGUGUCUCAAAAUGCACCAGAUAGCAUCUUAGCGCAUAUUCAUUUCAAAACAUUUGUGGGGGGGACCCCCCUAGGGAACUCAUGGCCUUUGCCCACUUGGGACUUCUCCCCCAAACGAUAAAUCCUAGAUUACACUCUGAGUACCCGUUAUGUAGGUUAUGUCUCUACAAAAAUUAGCCUUUUCAUGCCAGGUUAACCCGUAAGAAUUAGUUUGGGCAGUUUCAGACAGUAUUUGUGCAUUUACUAAUCUGAAAAAUUAUAACUUUAAAUCUGGCAUUUAAUUCUGCCCUGAUUGGUGAACAUGAUAGUGUAAACCUCUCUCAUUUAAUGCUGAAAAGGUCCUUAAUUUUUCAGGGCAGACUACUUCAAUGAAGAUCAAAUCCGGCAUCUACUGGAUUACAAGCCUCCAUGGGAUAUCGAGUGCCUGAAAAACAAAGAAAGCAUUUCCCAGGUGAGGAAAGAAAUACCACGAGUGCGAUCCAAAAGUUCAGCCUUAAAUUAAAUACAUUUUAUUUUAUUUUGUUUUCUUGCCUCAGUCUUUUCUCCGCUUUACAAAUCAACUUGUUUUAAAUAAAUAAAUAAAUAAAUAAAUAAUGAUUUGGAGGUAGCACAUCCACAAAGUGGUUCUGUGUCUACCUGAUUCCUGCUUGAAUUGGAAUUUGGAAUGUUGGCUUUUAAGGAGAGGGGAAAACCGGAGUACCCGGAGAAAAACCUCUCGGAGCCAAGGAGAGAACCAACAACAAACUCAACCCACACAUGGCGUCGACGGCGGGAUUUGAACCACUGCGCCAUCCCUUGCUCCCCAAGGGAUUUUUUAACACUUCCUCUCCCAGAGUAAAUGGGGAAGCCUUUUAAGGUGGCUCUAACUUCUAUAGACUACUUUCCAUUUGUCAAAACUGACCACCCAGACCCUUCCAGUCGUAACAAGAAUUUCACUUUUAAUCAAAACUAUCCAGCCAGAUCAGUCAAAUCCUGAAUGGUAUGCACGAAAAAGAUUGUUUUUUUUUUCAGCAAAAACUCUUAGAAAAAGCCGAUUUCAUUUUCAAACUGACUGGUCCGGCAGUGGUCCGGCCGGCCAGUUCUGACAAAUGGAAAGCGCCCUUAGAUCCGUCGACGAGUUCUUAGACGACAGUGAGCGCUUAGGGAGACAAAAAAUAAAGAGGCUGCUUGCUGUAGACGAAAUCCUAUACUGCAACAAGGUAACUGAAUCGGGUUAACGUCCGCAAAAACUUCUGAGACUAAUACUAGGAACAAAGGAAAACAAAAUUGACCAAUAGCUGACCUUCGCAUCCCUUAUAACAAUCCCACAAAACAACUGCGGGGCACGCUUCGUCUCCAGUCCCCCUCGCGCCUCUAAAUUGGCAAAUGGUCUGAGAGAAGUGGUAAGAACAAAAACAACAACAACAAAAACAAGCAAAUGUAAGCAAACACAGAUAAUGAUCUGAGGAAAAACUGAGGUCCCUUGUUUGAUUUUACUUCUCAAAUGAUCAAUAAUUCUUGACAAGAGAUGUAAAGCAAAGGUUCGCAAAAUUUCAAGUUAAUCUGGGUACGUAUCUGUAGGAUUUCUGUUAUUUUAUUUCCAUGAAUUAUUGUUUAGAGCACUUGAAUAGUUCGCAAGUUACUUCAUUUUCUUUAUUGCAGUGCAAAACGAAUCGCGGGAGUGAGGAAGCUGAAGGUACAACGCGUUUCAUGAAUGGAAUUUACGAUUGCUGGCUAAAUGCAAACAUCUUGUUUUACUCACAAUCUUUUUCAUGUUUAGUUCAAUUUACAGACGAAGAAAAAGACCAAUUGAGAAGACUUCCUAACAAAGAUUAUAUCCUUUAGCGGAGUAGCACUACAUGAUUACCGCGUGUUGACUUGAUUAAACGCCGCAGAUGGAAUCAAAAUUACCAACAAACGCGGCCUUCGAAUAAACGCCGCACCCCUCUUAGUCUGCUACACAGCCGUUUUUAGUGUCGUCACGCAACACACAGCGUGACGACACUAAAAACGGCCGUGUAGCGGACUACACCCUUCUCAAAGGAUGUGGUGUUUAUUCUUGCCUGCGUAGCAGGCGCCGGUUAUCAUAAAGUUUAUUCGAGGAUAAAAGAAAAAACUCGGUAAAACUUUGCAAUCUUCAGCAUCCAGAGAAUUACGAUUCAGUCUUAUUAAAAAAGGCAAAAUUGGAACUUUUUUUUAACAUAAAAAGCGUAAUUGGUGUUAGUGAUUUUAGAAAUGCGGUUUUGAAAUAAGCACCUCCCUUGAAAAAGACUUCGCAUAUUCGAUGCUAAAAAUUUAUAAACGCCGCGGCGUUUAAUCGAAUUAAUACGUCAACUCAGAAAAAUAUAAUCAUACAUCUGACAGCAUACUCUUGCAUGAAGCUUAAUAGGAUCAAAUGUUGAAAAACGUGAAUCACUUUUGAAAGCUAAUAUGGCUCCACAACGUUUAGCGCGCGAUGGAUCUUUGUUACAAGCUACAACGAUAAGAUGAGCGCUAGAGAAAUAAAAAACUACGGGGUAAUUGAUAAAAUACAAAGUUCAAUUACCUUAACCAUGCUAAAACCUCCUGGAUGACAAAGAAGAGCUGCCGAUAUUCCUUGGACUUAUAGACAUUAUUUAUGCUUAUGCGUACAAUCAUCGCACCACGGAAGGCGAAAACACGGUUAGUAAAAAAGGUUUUGUGUUACAUAUUGCAUGUUGAAAAGGUCAAACGAUUACUCUGAAUCUACCGAUCAUUUGUCUUAUUGGGAAAUCUGCUCAGUGAAAGAAUGAGCUGUGUUCAGGAAGGGUUCAGAUGGAUGCCCAAAGUCAUUGUUAUUGUUAAUGAUCUUGACUAAUUAUGUGCUCUUUUUCAAGUUAACCCAGGAUUAGAGCUAAUUAGCAUCAAACAGAUAGCACAAAGUUCACAAGAGCCAAAUCAAGCUUUGUCCAGGAAAUAAUUAUCAUUGUAAUUUUCUUUGUCAUUAUCGUCAUCAUUAUCACUAUCAUUGCCAUUGUCAUUAUUAGAAUCGUUAUCAUUAUCAUUAUAGUUAUCGUUAUGAUUAUCAUUAUCAUCAUUAUUUAUAUCAUUAUCAUUAUCUUUAUCAUCAUUAUUUAUAUUAUUAUCAUUAUCAUUAUCGUUAUCAUUAUUACCAUCAUUUUAAAUAUCAUUGUCCUUAUUAUUGUUAUUAUUAUUAUUAUUAUUAUUAUUAUUAUUAUU